AUGCUUUUCGGACCCGUAACACCUCCCCGCAGACCUGAAGAUCUGCCACACGUCCCGUCAGCCAGCGACGUCUCCUACAGCUGCCUGUACCAGCAGCUCCACUCGCCGCUGAUGCACGCAGACCCGCACCUCGCGCGGCUGAUCCACACGCCGCACAACCGCGUCGGCUACGCCGGCGUGCUGAGCGCGGAGGUGCUGUCGCGGCUCGAGGCGCGCUGCAGGGCGAUUAUGCGCGGGCUGACGCACCUCGGGCACCGCGCGAUGCGGCUGCAGUUCGACGAUAUACGCGGGCGGUGCGGGCCGCGGAUGCGGGAGCCUGGCGCGCGGGAGGAGGUGCUGUCGAUUCUGGAAAGGUCGGGGGCGGCGGAGAGGGAGAGUAGGUGGGUGGGCGAGGUGGUGUUGGGGAGGCAUGGGUGGCGGGUCGAGGACUUGAAGGGGGAUUAUCCGGAGAUGUUUUGCGUGUGUGUGCUGCAGACGUGGGUCGAGGAGGAGCGGGCGAGGGGGAGAAAUGCGUUGGCCUCGAUGUGGUCCGAGACGUAUCUAGACGGUGAUCGCAAGACAUAG